AUGACCUGGCAGGGACCCAUCUGCAGCCCUCCAGCCAUAGAGCGUUUCACCCUGCACAGAGUUGGGCCCCUAGAUAUCCCAAAGCAGCCAGGAACAGGAACAGCAUUCGGUCUGACUAUUGUGCCAUUGGAAGUACGGAUUGACCUUUCUAUUCUCACCAAGUACGAACUACCAGAGUAUGGGUUUAGGCCUUGA